AGUAAGUGAGCAGUAAAUCUUUUUCGGAACUAGCACUUGACAAACUUUGUUUUGAUGGGUCAAUCCUAUCCACAAGUAUUAUGACUGGUUCGGUCUCAUGAUUGAACGUCAUAUAUUCAUCAAAACUCAAUGUAGUUUCCCGAUUUGCACUUGAUUGAUGUGGUUCAAAUUUCAAAGCAAUCGUUAAAAUGGACAUCACAAACAAAAUGUCAACUAUUUACGAUGAAAACUUAACAACGGUAUCAUCAGUGUGUGGGAGUAAUUUCUCUACAAUAUCAAGAGUGGAAUCGACAACAACCCAGAAUCAUGCCAUCCUAAAUCUAACACUCGAGGAACUAAACCAAAUCGAGGUUCAAAGAAGGUUGCCACCUAUGGUCUACUUAGCAACCCUCAUUCUGUUUGGAGUGCCGGGAAACCUUACAGUGCUGUUUGUCUAUCUCUUCAAAUUCGAAAGCAGUACCCACCGGACCUUCAUCGUGGCUCUGGCCAUCAUAGAUUUGGUGGGAUGCGUAGUCUGUAUGCCGUUUGAGAUAAUCGAAAUGAACUUUCAAUAUACGUUUUACGCUGUUGGAGCAUGUAAAUUUUUCCGCUUUAACAACACUUUCAUUGCUUUGACCUCAAUUUUCGUUAUUAUUGGAUUGUCUGUGGAUAGAUACCGAAGAGUGUGCAAGCCAUUGAAAACCCAGAUGACUGUCUUUACGGCAAAAAUUGCUUGCGGUAUCGCAGUGCUGCUUGCCAUUUUGCUAUCGUGGCCGAUCCUCUUUCUGCUUGGAACUAGACAUGUUAAGCUUCCAUACAACGUCACAGGCUACGAUUGCUCAACGGAUGACAAGUACCGCAGCACGAUCUACCCAAUGGUUCACAACGCUGUUCUCUUCCUCAUUUUUGUAUUUGCCAUUGUGCUACUGAUGGUUAUCUACAUUCUCAUAGCUAGGAAAAUCUUCAAGCACAUAAAAUUUCGUAGCACCUUCAAAGCAUCAAUUUCAUCGUCAAUUUCCACCAGAAAAACGUCAUCUACAAAACUGUCAAGCCAAAAACAAGAGGCAGUGGUUCUUGUUAAUGUCAAUAACACAACUUCGCCCUCUCAGAAAGUCAAACCUUCAAACGAUAGCAAUAUGAACAGAUCCAAGCAACGAAACGAAACCAACUCGGAGGACAAAUCAAAGAAAAAAAUUACCAAAAUUGCUUUUGCAAUUUGCAUGGCAUUUAUUUUGAGUUACCUUCCGCAUCUAGUAAUCACGAUCUGGACUGCCGUCAAGGGCGGGUUUAUUGCAAAACCCGGACCUGUAGUGUCAGCCGUUUUGCCUAUAGUGACAAGGUCCAUUUUUAUCAACAAUAUUAUAAACCCUUUCAUUUACAGUUUUCUUGACAGGAAGUUUAGGCGAAUUCUUCUGAAAAGUAUUUGCAAGACACACAGAUAGGUGAUUUGUGUAGUGUUUUAGCGACGUCUAAUGUUUUGCCUGUCAUUCGUGUUCACCGAUGUAUAGAUGCAUGUACAUGCCUGCUAUAUCCGAUAAAGAGAACUGUGUUUAAA